ACUGGUUUUGUUAGAUUGGAGCAGUUGAUUCUUUUCGAUAUGAUGAUUAUUUUUACUUUUGACUACUGUAAUCAUUUUAUUGACGCUGCUUUGUGUUUUCUUCUUGACAACGUUCUGGCUGUUUACCUGGUUAUAUAAAAGGAUAGAGCACUCAAGGCGUACUUUUGGAGAGAAAAAAGCUAUUGAGAGCAAGCCUAACAUCUCCGAUUCUGAGCCUGUUUAGGAAACCCUUUGAUGGUGGGAAGAGGACAAUGGAUCAUGGCAGUCAGCAGCCACAGACUCAACAAAUGCCAGGACCCUUCCCAGGUUUUGCAGGACCCCAGGGCUCGUACCCAGGGCAGCACCCAUCCCUGUUACGGCUGGAUGAGGUGCAGAGGGAGAUUGCCACCCUGGGCCCACAGGUGUGCACUUACAGCGGCCUGCAAAGCGACAGAGAGUACAAACGACUGGAGCGAGACCUGACCCGAUUACUGCUGGAGGUCGAUAAGGUGGAGACGGAGGGCCGGCCGGAGCUUCAGCAGGCUCGAAAGCGUGCGGCAGGAGAGGUCGAGGGUCUGCUUCGCUACCUGGAGGGUAAUGCUACGCAUCCGUCUCGACUGGCCAUUGAGGAGCUGACCCAGGAGGCGCAGAACUUGCUGAAUGAAGGGGUUGUGGGGCCGUUCCGGCAGGGCCAGGCUCAAGAUGCCUUUGAGAUCAGUGAGGAGUUGGUGGAGGCUGUGCAGGACGUGGCCAUGCGGAUGGCUCAGGUUAAGACGGGUGGGAGCGUACCGCUAAGGAAGGCCCGUUACAAAGCGUUGACACGGAUCUGUGCCGUACAGGAAAUACUGGAGGGUCGUGUACGCACUCAUAUGUUGGCGCUGCCGUUGUCCGAUGAGACACACGAGGCUGUGCAGCGAAUUAAUCAAGUCAUGGCGCAGGUGAGUGGUGCUCGCUGCCAGGAAGUGGCUCUGCUGAUGGGUCUCAGUGGGCGUGAUAGCUGUGCCCACCUGGCGAGAAUCCUUACAGAGCUAUUGGUUGAACUGGACGCCCUGGAUGUGUCUAGUAAUGCUGCGGUGAGGAACUACAGAAAACAAGUGGUGGAGGAGAUCAAUGGUCUGUUAAAACAUCUCGACCUAGAGGGGGAAGGAGAGGACACGCGCAGGUAUGAUCUAGCGCAGAAUGACUCGAUUCGUGAAAUUGAGGCGAUCAGGGGUCGCGUCUCAGUGCUGCGUGAGGAGGUGCUCCGGCACGGUGCUGCGGGACAGGGGACGGAACUGCAAGGUCUUCUCACGCACCUGGAUCAGGUGGACACGGGGCGAAAUCCCUGCAUCCGGGAGGCGCGGCGCAGGGCCGUGUUGGAAGUCCAGGCGCUCAUCACCUUUCUAGACCUUUGGGAAGCCCUAGGACGGCGUAACCCCGGACCGGACGAGCCUCCGCCUCAUGCGGCCGUGUGGCGUGUCUUAGCCAGCCUGUGUGACCUGCAGGCUCAGGUUUUGGGCUUUGACGGCAAGAGGGCUGACAAAAGCUACAUGGUAUUGGAGGAGCUACUGACCAAACAGCUUCUUGCACUUGAUGCUGUGGACCCUCAGGGCGACCAGGGGACCAAAAAUGCCCGUAAGCAAGCUGUUAAACACGCCCAGAAUAUCCUUAGUUACCUGGAUAUGAAGACAGAUGAGUGGGAGUACUGAGCGGGCCGAUAAAAGAGGCUGCGAAUAAGGAGUUGCAAGAAAAAGGCAAAUGCUUUUUUGCCUCUUGUGCGACAUAUGAGGACACGGUCGUGCCGAGGAUACAGGCCAUGGGCGGAAUUUUUAAUUUGUAUAUAAAAGACUUUGUGUAUCGCCGUGGGCAGUGAGACUGUUACCCGUGAUGCACUGCACCUGCUGCUUUAUUGGUCCAUUACUGGUCCCUGAAAACUGCCUUUCUUCUGGCAGAAGAAAGCGCGGUUUCUACUGCACAUGAAACGUUGGUUUUCAUGACAAUAACCCAUGAUCUUUUUAGUUGAAUCUGUGCUGUUGAUUGGUGUGGUGUGGUGCUAAACCCUAUUCUGCUGCCAAAAUCUGCUUCCUGCUUUUUCCCACAUGCCUGGGUGGAGCACAUUUCAGUCUUUACCACGGUGUGAGUACAUCAGCUCUUUAUUCCUACCCAGUUAGAGCCAUACAGGAGCGCAUUAUCCCGUUACGACCACAACAGGUUGUGCAACGGGCCAUUUCCUGUUAAUCACAUAUAAUGGAAAAGGUGGCCCAAGCUUAGUGUUCAUAGGUUUAAUCUCUUCUCUAAAUUGCACUUUUAGAGCCUGAGCUUCUCUCGCUACAGUUAUUAGCCACAUAUAAACAACUUAAAGUGACCCAAAGGGAACAAUACUUUUGCAUUUUCUUGCAUUUUCUACAUAUAUAUCCCAGUUUAUGUUACGAAAAUCAUCUUGCAACAGAUGAGAGUGAAUAAACAUUGGUUUGUGACAUCAGUUUAAAGGUGAAAUGUAAUUUUUGCACCAUUAGUGUCACCAAUUGAACUCAGUCUCAUGGUAUUUAAUAUGAAAUUAAACACUUCACCUUUAAAGACGACUCAAGGACAGCUAAAAAAAACAAUCAAUCCAGUUUCUAACCCUUACUGCAGUUCUGUUAGAUUUCAUAGGGGACUGUGGCCAAAAUUGCAAUGAAGUAUUGUCUUUAGAGACGUUUCUUAAUACUGUUGAUAAAGAGGAUAAAGAAUAGAAACUAGUUCACAGGGUUUCUUGUCUUCUCCAUUGGUUUUUUCGCUGUUAGGCAAAAAGUGCCUGUGCCAGCGACUAGGGAAUCGAGCCUAAAGUGAAAGUGUGUGUGUCUGUGAUUGUUUAAAAGAAGUGGUGCGUGCUAUUUUGGUGGUGAGACUGAUCAAAGUGGACAGGGGCGUUCUAGGACAUUUUCAUCGGAGCGGCAGGGAAAGACAGCAAGCUAUCAAACAAACUCAAAAACUGUGGCAACAUGCACAGAUCAAUGUGACCCAGAUCUGUUUUUUUUCUAUUACACAUGACCAAUCUGGGGUUUUUGGGAUGUUGGUAUGAACAAAUAUAGAUUUGGUUCACUUUCGUAUGUGGGAAUAAAUUGGAUAAACUGAGUCCCCCAUGCAAUCUUUGUUGUGAAUUCAGGGAGGGUUUUCAUCAUAUUUGCACAAUGGAUUUACCCUUGGUUUGAAUCAAACAAAUGUAUGAUUUACACUUUAUAAAGUACUACAUGUAAAGGUGCAAAAGUAUACUUGUAUAAAUGGUUGUAUUGUGGAGCUUGGUUUGAACUGUGACACUUAUUUGGCACCGCUGUGGAUUUUUCAUUGGCUGAUAUGAAGGCAGUUAUCUACAGAGCAGGGCCUGUAUUCACAAAACAUUUUAUCUUACCACUAAGAAUCCUCCUAAAUGCAAGUAAAAGUUGUUAGCUAUGAGUUUUCUCUUAAAACCUAUUCACAAAGCUGCUGAGAAAAUGAUGUCAGCUAUGGCUUGUUGCUAUGGAUGAUGUCAGCAUGCUUACUAACUAUGCACACAGUGGUUGGCUGAUAAGGGAGGGCUCUCUGUCAGAGAUUACUGUAGAACACAGUAUUAUGUUGCCAUAUUCAAAUAAAGUUUUAAAAUUAAAAAUGUUGCCACAUUCAAAUAAAAAUGUUAAAAUGCAGGCUAAUUAAACAAGUAUAUGUUGAGCUAUUUGUCAGCUUUUAGCGCAUUAGCAUAUAAACAGCCUUUUUAUUAACAGAAUAGAUUAAUCAUGGCUAAUAGUAACAUGCAAAUGUAAAAGAAAACCGAACUGGACGCAACUUGUUAAUGAAAACAAGGAUAUAAUCAAAAGAAAAUCUGGAGUUGGGAUAACCUCCAAAACCAAAAAAGGUGUGUGGGAAAACAUAUGAGUGCAAAUAAAUGCAGCGUGUUUCUAAAAUGUUUACUUUCCAAUGCAGAUUGCCGGCAAGUGAUUUGGUCAUAAUGACUCAGGUGUCCUUUUCACUACUCCUAACGUUUCACAGAUGUAGGAGCUAGUUUUAAAACGUUUGGUGAAAUACUCUUAAAGCAAAAAUUUAGGAGUCCUAAAUUUAGGAUUGACACACCCAUUGUUUUUAAGAUUUUCUCCUAAAUCGGCAAGUUAUGAGCUACCUUUAGUCUUAAGAUGUUUUGUGAAUACAGGUCCAGAAUAUAUACCAAUAUAUGAUAAUAUAAUAAGGCAACAGAGUGCAACAGUGAGGUUCUAGAUGUAAAAAUCAUGUUCAUUUUCUCCACAGAGGAAUUGAUUUGAAUAACUUGCUACUCUGAACUGUAUGGUGGUUAAUAAAUAUAUAUAUAUAUAUAUAUAUAUAUUUUUUUUUUUUUUUUUUUUUUUUUAAUGGAUUUAGUUUAUGAGUUGACCGAUAUGUGUUUUUCAGGGCUGAUACCGAUUAUCACAGAUCAAUAUAUAUAUAUAUAUAUGAAAAUUAAUGUCAAAAUUAAGAAUAACAAUGGCUCUGACAAAAAAUGCUUUAAAAUGCUUUAAAUAUUUAUUGGCAAAUCGGUUUUGAAAAUGACUGAUACCGAUAACUAUAAAAAUGCUUAAUAUCAGGUGGCCAGGCCAACAAUCAGUCAAUCCCUAAUUUCAUUACUUCAGCUUGUUUAAAAAUAGUUAUGUUCAACACUACAUUACCCAUGAUUCCGAAAAGAAAUCUCCACCAGCUAGAUAAUUGCUUCCAUGAACCACAGCAAAUCUUGUAGGCUCAGUUUAUGACUGAAAUAUACAUAUAUGAAUUAAUAUUUUUAUAUUUGAUUGUUUGUGAUUCGAUCAUGUCAUUCGCACUGAAAAUAAAGGUUCCAAAAGGGUGUUUUUGCGGUGAUGCCAUAGAACAGGGGUGGGGAACGUUGAUCCUGGAGGCCCGGUGUCCCUGCAGAGUUUAGCUCCAACCCUGGGAAAAAUGCCAACCUGUAUCCUAAAGACCUUGAUUAGCUUGUUCAGGUGUGGUUGAUUAGGGUUGGAGUUAAACUCUGCAAGGACACCAGCCCUCCAGAAUCAAUAUUUCCCACCUCUGCCAUGGAAGAACCAUUUUUGGUUCCCCAAAGAACCUUUCAGUGAACAGUUCAUUAAAGAACCAUUUAAAGAACCUUUUUUCGACUAAAGAACCUUUUCUGCAUUUGGAAGGUUCCAUGGAUGUUCAGGGUUCUUCAUAGAACCAUUAAUGCCAAUAAAGAACCUUUAUUUUUAAGUGUUCAUAGGAUUAUAGUUUUCCCCACAUUAAAACUAAGAAGUCUUGCACCUUUUUUGUCUGAUUUUCAAAUACUUUUGCUGCAAAGUUAAACUCGUAGCUGGUUGGUUUGGUUCGGUUCAUGGCUUAUAACUCAUAAAUGAAGACUUCCUUAAAAAAAACCUCUAUGGGAAAACGAAUGGAAGAAAUACUUCUGGAACCAAUGCUGCUGUAAAAGUGGCUGUGCACUGUUGCACUCCUUUAAAACAACACUGAAAUUUAACAGGCAUUUAUUUGCACACUAUUUAUUUGAUUCAAUAACAUACUUGAAAAUGGAUAUCCAUCCAAGGCUGUUUGUAAAUUUGCGAAAGUGAUGCUGUUAUCAGCUAGUGCCCGAAUAUCAGCACAAUUGCACUACAUUGAUCAAACAAUUAGUAAUGGUAAAAACUAAGAAUAUAAGUUAAAUGUUCAAACUUAAUAUAAUAAAAACGCCAUUGUAUUUUAUUAUGUAAGUUGUUGAACAUGUCAGCGCCAGUAUGCAUAACACACAGCAGUGGUAUUUUGGAACAAAUCGCUUGAGUGAAUAAUUCAGGGACUCACUCCUCAAGUUAAUUUUUGAAUGAAUCAGUGUUUUUAAUGAAUCAGCAUUGCCUGUUUAGAACAAAUUUUAUAUGGGCCACAUUUAAAAGGUCAUGUAAACAACCCCAAAACCCUGCAUUUAAAAAAUUAAUUAGGCACUUUGGCUUGCAGUGUGAAACGGUCUGUUAAAACCCCUUAGAGAUUGUUGAGAAAAGAUGUAGGAGUAGCUUGUCUGUGGCUAAAACGCAUGAGUAUCCAGUUCCACUGUUUAAAAAUUGAUCACAGAGGCCAGGUGAUGGUCGUACACCUUUGCCAGCUCUAACGAUGAGUAUAAUUUUGGGAAAUAACAUAUUGUGUCAUCUGUAUCAUGCUGUGCUAUCGAGUCUCUCUGCUCAUUUGAGCUAUCUGUGCUGUCAUUAGGCUAUAAUGGCUUGUUUUGAACUAGAACAGUGACAGACCUCUGUUUGGUGUUUAUUUCAGGCAUGUCCCAUUUGCUGUGGACACUACCCUCUGUCCUGCUCCAGAUAAGGGCACAUGCAGAUUAAUGAACUGUUAGCAGACAUGCAGCAACACCCCAGUUAUCAUCAAUGAAAUCAGGUUGUGCUUGGAAUAAACCCAGACACUCUUAUUGGAGGGCAUUCUUGUUAAAAAAUGACAAUAAAGACACAGGGUCUGGAAGUUAUAAGCGGUGCUGGAAAAGAAGGGAGCUGCAGAAAAAAAGGGAAAAAGCAAUAGGUCGUGGUCAGAACAGAUUAAUCCAGACUCUGUCAUGAGACGGCCAUUGUCUGGCAGACUCCCUGCGGUGGGCAGAGCUGGCAGUUCAGCUGAGGAGGAUCCUACAUCAGUCAAGGUGAAAUACACGCUCCAGCAGCACUUUAAAGCAACCUUGCACUAAGCGUUGGCGUUGUUUUGUGCACCUCUUCUAAACCCACAGAGAUGGCAAAGAUGUGAGCUAAUAUUAGCAAUGUCAGUUCUGCGCAACCAGAUUUUUACUGUUUGCGAGGAUUAUGCUGUUUUUCUAGCACAACAUGCAUACGCUGCAUACACACUGCAGGUAUAUUUUGCAGGUUGACUAUCCUCAUUAAAUCCAUGUGAUGUAACUAUUUGUUAAUGCAGUGCAAAUGCUAAUUAUGCAUGUAGAUUGUGCUAGAAAAGGACAGGAAUGUAUCUCAUUUGCAAAUGUUGAUACCUAUGCCCAGUGCAGAGGAUCUCUGCCUUGAGGUCGCCAGAGGUUUUGAUUAACUUGAAGAUAUGACGGGCUGUUUACACAAGAUCCUUAAACAGGGCUUUUUAAAGCUGAACUGUCAAAAUGCAAAAAAACUAUGUAAAAUAUAUUGUUAUUCUUAAAGUUGUGAUGAAAAUAGCAAAAAGUAUUUUCUUCCAUUAGGUGAUGUACAUCUAAUUGAAACAGAUUAUCGAAAAAAGAAAAAAACUAGGCUGGGGAAUUGUUUCAAUUCAUGGUUUGUUUAUUGGUUGGAGGCAGAUCUGCUAAAUUUAAAGCGGUAGGGUUUAAGCACAUUAAAUUAUAUGAAGAAGAGGUCGAUUAAAAAGAAAAUAUGUAUUCAUUUUAAGUGGCUGAGUGGGUCACUGACCAAAAAAAGUUGGAAAGCUCUCCCAAAAAUUUGGCUCAACACAACAGAUUACUAAAAUCUCCCAGAUGUUAAUGUUUGCAGUCAGUCUCCCAAUAAUAGCUAACAACAAACAGGUUAAACGGUUGCCAUUUGUGUUUCUUCACAGCCACAAAAAUGCUGUCAACUAUUACAACUUAAAUUCUGUUCACACUCAAAAUGAUCAUAUCAGAGAUUCAAUUUGACACCGUGUCUACACCGGAUGUGAUAGUUGUCCACCGCGCAACAGCCUUAGGCUGUCUACCAGGGUUGCCAGGUUUUCACAACAAAACCGGCCCAAUUGAUCCUUCACAAAGAAUCGCCCCCUUUCUUACUGUUGCUAUGUUUGACAAGCCAUGGCACUGUCAGUUCUCACACAUCAUUUUCUCACACAAUGAAAAAUACAUUACGGAGCAAAGAGUGAACUGACAACAUACCGACAGGCAAGACAGAGCAGGUUACUUUAGGUAUGAAGCAAAGUCUCAGCUUUCAAAUUUUGUCUUUUUUUUUUUUUUUUUUUUUAAGAAAUUCAAACAAUAAAUGCUGUUUUGUGGCUUUUUAAUGUGCUGUGACAGAUUGCUGCCUCAGCUCAAACAGCAUGUCAAUCAAUCAUCUCUUCCUCUUUGGGUCAUUCCAUGAAAUCAGUGCUUUUUCCACUUGGAAAAAUUAAAAAAUAAAAUAAGUUUAAUCAAUAUUUUUAAAUACCCAUGAAAUGAAGACACCUUAAAAUAGGCAUUAGCUCAAUAAUAUACCGAGUGUGACCUUUAAAAUGUUUGAAUUUUACACAGACAAUCUUUAAUACCAGGGUCAAACCUAAUCAAUGUCAUCCCUGUUACCCACACGUCAAAACCUGUUACUCUAAGAAGUAACAGGUUGACAGUAACAGGUUUGGCAAUUUAUAACAAAUUUGCGAAUUGCUAGUUCACAAAAGUAUAGAUUGUAUACAUGAAAGGAUUUUACUUGUAGAUAUUGAUUGUUAAAUGUAAGAAAUGUUUAAAUUUACAUUUGAAAAAUGGUAACAGGGUUGACAUUGCAUGAUGGCUCCCCCUCAGCCAAGCCUCAUAAAUCAUCAAAAAUAGAACAUUAUAUACCAGUGAGUAAAACAUGCUUAUGUGUUAAGUGUUGGAAUCCUGUUUGAGAGUUGAUGUAACCUCCUAGAAGUAAUGUCACUUGAAUGUACAUUACUUUACAAGGAUUUUUUAAUGAGGGUAACAGGGCUGACAUUAAAUCAGGGAACACCAACAAAAUGAUUUAUAUUUAUAGACAAAAUGCAUACUUAUGCCAAAAACAUUGCUUAGCAAUGAGACUGUAUUUAAAACAAUAUGCAAAUGUGAUUUAUAUAUAUAUAUAUAUCUCAUUUGCCUUCAUUUUGCAAAUUAAAAGUCCUGCUGAAAAAGAAAAAUCGGAGAGGGACAGGCCAAAAACCUUACCUUUAUCAGCGUAAAUGCUAUUUAAAUAAUUUAAAAUAAUAUUUGACUUAUGUUUUUAAGUUGCACAUUCAUUUGUUGUUAUAUUAAAUCUAUGUUUGAUUAUUUCUUAGGGACGCAAAAGGCACAGAUUUUGUGGAAUGACCCCUUUACUAGAUAUAAGAUGAAAUAACAAAUUUCUCUAUACACCGACGUAAGUCCACCGGCAUUAAUCUACUCUCCUGUCUGGUUUGUUUGUCGGACAAAAAUGGCAGAUUCUCUGUUAUAAUUGGUCACAUUGCCUUUCAAUCAAACUCCCUGCAAAGGUUGCUACUCAAAACUAGCCCAAUCACAUUUUGCAGGGGGUCCACCAGUAAAAAUUGCAUUUAUGGGGGUGAAAUACACAUUGUUUUUGGUGGGGUUCCCCUGGUAAAAUUCGUAUUUCAGGGGCUAAAUAUUACAUUAUUGGGGUCGCUUUAACCCGCAGACAUGAAACAAUCCGCGACAACAGUUUUAGAGUAGCUUAAUUGGCAACAUGCGACAAAGCGACCAUUGCAAAUCAUCUGAACUUUGUGUCGUACGUCACAAUGUUAUAAAUGGAACGAGGCAGCAGUUUACUGUCGGCGAUUUGUCGUGUAACGUUGCGCUGUGCCGCAUCCAGUGGAGACAGCAUUAUUGAUUAAAAUGGGUUAUAUAGAGGGGUUGCAUUUACACAGUGUUACCAAGUCCGCAGUUUCCCCACAGAAUUAGGCUACUUUAACACUGUCACCGCAAGCUGUUUUUCAUGUCCGCUGGUUGAAUCGACCCCAAUAACACGAUAUUUAGCCACUAGAAUACGAAUUUUACUAGGGGAUCCCCUCCAAAAUAAUGUAUAUUAUCUCCCGCAACACAAUUUUUACUGGGGGACCUCCUUCAAAUUUUAUUGGGAUAGUUUUGAUUUGCAAUUGAGUGGCAACCCUGCACUUAUGUCAAGUUUGGUCAGCUGCCCGGAUGCACGACCAUAUUGAGCACAACAGCAUAGAUUGCACAGUUAAUGUACUACAGAAUAUGUUUUUCUGCCAUGCCACAACAGCUUGAGGCUGUCUGCACUGGAUGUGAACAGCGACAGUUGCAAAUCAUUUGAACUUUGUGUCAUUAUGUCAUAAACAGAAUGCGGCAUUAGUUUACUGUCGCCACAUCCAGUGUAGACAGCAUCACUUAUUAUAAUGGGUGUAGACACGGUGUAACUCUGUACACCAUACCCACAUAUUUUAACCUUCUUGUGAAUACAGUAGCAAAGCUAGUUUGUUGCUAUUUAUACUUGGGGCAACCUGAAGCCACUUUAAAAACUAGUUUGACCAACAACCAGUUAGCCAAAGGUUUACCAGUCUUACUUAUCAAUUCAAAUUAGAGCAGUCUAGCUUUUUGUAACUGAUUUAAAAAAAUUAUGACCAGUCUAGAAAAAAAAUUACAUGACUAACUUUUAUGCUUAGCAGGCCCCUAAAUUGCAUCUACCACUAUUUCCACUGUGUAUAUGGCAUCUAUUUUUACAUAGCCACUGCAACAUUUAAAUGUGACUUUCAUACCCACUAAGUCCAUUAAAUAGGGCACAAUGUACUAACACACAAU